AAAACCAGGCAGCUCAGGACACAUCGGGAGGAAAUUCAACACUGGGAAAAUUAAAGUAUCUGUAUCUGAGGGACUGUUAAUAUAAUGAGGCCCAACGCUGCCUGUGUUUGAGCGUGGCAGUGCACAUGAGAGCAGUGUUUGUUUGCGUGGCGGCAGCGAGGUAAGGCAUCAGAGCAAUGGAAGAGAGGAUAGAGGAGCGGGCCGAGGCCAAGCCGCGCAGUUUGACCGCCCUUCAGGAGCAGCUGAUCUGGGCCCUGCUGGGAUCUGGCCUGUCCCGGGACGUCCUGGUCCAAGCCGUAGGGGAACUGGAGCGAGACAGGGCGAGUACUGGCACCGAGAGGGGGGAUGGAGAGAGCUCAGAGGAAGGAGAAAUGGAUUUCCCACCGCCUAUAUUCCGAGAGCUGGAGAAGCUUUCCCCCGAGGAGGCGGCCAAACUUAGGGCUGAAGUGGACCGGCUACUGCAGGAGGACCCCUGGCACGUUGCUAAAAUUGUGAAAAGCUACAUGCAGCAGCACAACCUCCCUCAGAGGGAGGUGGUGGAAUCCACAGGGCUCAACCAGUCCCAUCUCUCCCAGCACCUCAACAAAGGCACGCCCAUGAAGAACCAGAAGAGAGCGUCUCUGUACACCUGGUACGUCAAGAAGCAGUGCGAGAUCAGCCAGCAAUUUACCAAUGCCAAACAUGGCCUUGGAUCUGCAGAGGAGCAAGGAGAGGAAACAAGGAAAGGACGGAGGAACAGGUUUAAAUGGGGUCCAGCCUCCCUGCAGAUCCUCUUCCACGCCUACGAGCGACAGAAGAACCCCAGCAAGGAGGAGAGAGAGGGGUUAGUGGAGGAUUGUAACAGGGCAGAGUGCCAUCAGAGGGGGGUGUCGUCGUCGCAGCUCGCCGGCCUGGGCUCUAACCUGGUCACCGAGGUCCGAGUGUACAACUGGUUUGCAAACCGCCGCAAAGAGGAGGCCUUUCGCAACAAACUGGCUCUCGACACACCUUUCCCCAACCCAUCUUCCUCCUCCUCUCACCUCAACAUCCAGAGUCCAGAGCAUGUGUUGUGGGGCCUGACUUCUUGUUUUCCAGGUAUGAAAUACAGCCAGCAGAUCCUGUGUGACGCGAUGAGCUCUGCGCGGGGGAGCGUGGGGGAGAUAGUGGGACGUCUGGUGGUCAGCCCUGUACAACUGGAGCCCAGCCAAACACUCCUGGAGACGCACAACCCCAAACUGGUGUCCAGCGGAGGCCCUCUGCCUCCUGUAAGCACUCUGACCUCGCUGCACAGCCUGUCUGCCUCCACUGCUUCCUCCCAGGGCCUCAUCAUGGCCUCACUACCCAGCGUGAUGAGCCUGGGGGAGUCCUCGCUUCUCAUUGGUUUAGCCUCUGGGCAGCCCAAGAGCAUGCCUGUUAUCAACAACGUGGGGGGCGGGUUCACCACUCUCCAGCCAAUCUCGUUCCAGCAGCAGCUUCACAGCUCUCCACAGCAGCACAUAUCACACCAACUCCAGAGCCACAUGGGGGCCAGCCCCUUCAUGGCAACCAUGGCGCAACUGCCAUGCCACUUGUACAACAAGUCCGAUUCGCCUCAGUACCACUCAGUACCAUCCAGUCUGCUUUCCCAAGCCAUGGUGAUCACUGAGGGCAGCAGCCUGGGGACGCUCACCAGCCUCACUGCUGUCAGACAGAUUCUAACAGCAGAUCCUGAGGAACUUACAGACUCUCCUUUACAAGAAGACUCUCUACAUAUGCAGCCACAAACACCUGUGCCAGCUUCAUCCGAGAGCCUAGAGCUGUAUCCUGCUUCUCACACGACAGAAAGUCAUCAGUCUCUCCUCCUCUCACCUUCACCAACAGACAUCAGCUCCUACAUCCCUACACAAAUGGUCUCCACUGCACAGUAGAAGCGCUGCAGCGAGACAGUGUUUUAGGUAGAGGGCUACCUCUGCUGUACAUUUCCAGAAAAAUACCUGGAGUCAGGGGCCACAGGGACGAUUCAGUUUUGAUGUUUUUAAAGACUCUCUGAAACCACUGUAAUACGAACAAGGAUUGACAUUAGAGAAGAUUAACCCUUUGAUACAACAAUCAAAUGAAAAAUCAACACAGAAAUGUAUUUUCAUUGAAGUGUAUAGUGACUUUCAUAAUUUGUAAAUUAAGUUGUAACUUGUAAAUUGCGUGUUGCCAACAUUUUUUUUAUGUCACUGCUUUGAAAUG